AUGGAAGUAGACGAAUCAUGUGGACCAGAAAUCAACAUGAAGACGAUAGAGCAUCCACCAAUUAUGGACUUCUAUCGGAACUCCGUCGACAUCGGAGACGGGGGUGGAGCUGCUCGACCCUCGAUGCUCCAACUCAUUCAUGGGGAAAACGCCAUACCAGAAGAGAUUGAAAUUGAGGGAUUUAAGAAACAAAACGAUGAAUUAGUUGAAGGACAGAUUGAGAAUAAACCCUCGAAAUCACAGAUGGAAAAAUUUUCUCCGCCACCAACGCAGACACGAGUAAAAUUUGGUUGGAUAGAAGGAGUGUUAGUACGGUGUAUUCUUAACAUAUUUGGUGUGAUGCUAUAUUUGCGUAUCAGUUGGGUAGCAGGUCAAGCUGGUAUCGUAUCCCAAAAUUAA